UGGAGGUCGCUGCACCCAGCAGAUACACACCAGCUGAUCAUUCCGGUUCAUCCUCCGCAGUGCUUAGACAUCGGCGGCGGUAGUUUGGGGUCUUUCACAACGAAAAUGCUUUUCAGCACGGCAUUUGGAUAAACUGAAAACGAGCACUGAUCCAUGCACGAGCAGCUCGUGCGCAAAAAACAAAACAAACAACAACAAAAAAAAUUACAGCCCGCACGCGAGGACGGGAAUCGGGUUCGGCAUGCGGGAGGAAACUGGAUCAGACUACAACAUCCAGUGCUCGGCGUGUGUCUGCGAUUAAGGCUAAUCUAGCUCCAGAUAACUUGCUAAUGAUUGACGCGAAUGUCAAUAAAAGGUUUUUUUCCCCGUGCACGCUGAAGUGACGGCGCUGUAUUUGUUAACGCUCGCGCUAAGAUCAUAAUAACAACAACAAAAAGGAGGCUGUGGUCCGGUUAGCAUCGCUAGCUGCCGAGCUACUACACAUAGACCGUCUGAGCAAGUUUGAAUCUGCUAAGAUGAACCGCUUAUAGCGUUAAAAACAAACAAACACACGGCGUUUAUUCCUGACGAUCAGAGGAUCUGGAUUUGUUCACCAAUGACCCCGGACAAAACCUGGCGCGUGCCGACUGUGUGCAGUUCGCAGCCAUUGUUUCAUCCGGACUCAAAUCUUUUGCAUUGCUAAUUGUGUUAGUAUAAAUCUCUGCUUGACAUUUCGCCUGGUUUCCUUUUGUGUUUUAACCGAAAAUGGCCGCCGUUGUGAAUUAUUCUCCCCCGUGGUGGGUGAACCUGCUGCACCGUCUCCCUCACUUCAACCUGCGCUUCGAGCAGGUCAGCAGUGAGUUUCAGCCAGAGGACUCCUCAUACCAGCAGUCCAUUCUGCUUGUGGGAGCAGUGGCUCUAGCCUGUCUGGCCUUGGACCUCCUCUUCCUCCUCUUCUACUCAUUCUGGCUCUGUUGCCGUCGCAAGAAAAGCAGCGAACAGCCCAAUGCCGACUGCUGCUGCACGGCCUGGUGCGUCAUCAUUGCCACCCUGGUGUGCAGCGCUGGUAUUGCCGUUGGUUUCUAUGGGAAUGGAGAGGCCUGCGAUGGAGUUAACCGGGUCACUUACUCGCUGCGUCACGCCAACCGUACUAUCGCCGGAGUGCAGAAACUGGUAUCAGACAGUGCCACCUCCCUGAAUCUGACCGUGGAUGAGAAUCUGCAGCAUUUGGAGAGCCAGUAUACGAAGCACGCUGACUACCUGUCGAUCGUACAGAAGCUGCAGAGCCAGUUGGAUGAGCUGCUCAAACAGAUGGUGGAGAUCCCUUUCUGGAGCAAUCCCAGCAUCUCCCUGGAGGCGCUGGCUGGCAGGAUCGAACUCUACGACUGGUAUAGGUGGCUGGGCUAUCUGGGGCUGCUCCUGUUCGACGUGCUCAUCUGCCUGCUGGUGCUCUUCGGCCUUAUUCGCAACUCUAAAAGAACUCUGAUUGGGGUCUGUUUACUGGGCGUGUUGGCGCUGGUGAUCAGCUGGGGAUCACUGGGUUUGGAGCUGGCUGUAUCCUCGAGCUCCAGCGACUUUUGUGUGGCGCCAAACAUGUACGUUGCCGAAGUGGCCGAACGCAACAGAGUCAUCAACAAAGACAUUCUGCAGUAUUACCUCCAGUGCAACGUGGGUCAAACCAACCCCUUCCAGCAGAAGCUGUCUGGAAGCCACAAGGCUCUGGUGGAGAUGCAGGAUGAUGUGUUGGAGCUCCUGCGUUCUGCAGUGCGAGAAUACCCGCAAACCAAAAGUAAUCUGGAGCAGAUUCAGGGGGUUUUGAACACCACAGAAAUCGGCCUACAUCAGCUGACUGCCCUGGUGGACUGCCGCAGUCUGCACAUGGAUUACGUCCAGGCUGUGACUGGGCUGUGUUAUGACGGUCUGGAAGGGCUGAUCUACCUGGUGCUGUUCUCCUUCGUCACCGCCCUCAUGUUCAGCUCCAUCAUCUGCAGUGUGCCUCACACCUGGCAGGGUAGGAGGCCCAGUGAAGACACUGAGGAAGACUCUGCUGCUUCUGGAGGAAGACAGAACCAUGAUAAUCUGUACCGGGUGCACAUGCCCAGCCUUUACAGCUGUGGCAGUAGCUACGGCAGUGAGACCAGCAUCCCUGCAGCAGCACACACCGUCAGCAACGCUCCCGUUACUGAGUACAUGACACAGAAUGCAAACUUCCAGAAUCCUCGCUGUGAGAACACUCCUCUAAUCGGGAGAGAGUCUCCUCCUCCUUCUUACACUUCCAGCAUGAGGGCCAAGUAUUUGGCCAACGCUCGACCUGAUCCCAACAGCACCGCUGCAGCACACUAGAUAGCUCCCAUGGACGUCCCUGGUCUCUCUCUCACUCUCUUUCACACACUCUCUCUCUCUCUCUCUCUCUCACUCUCUCUCUCACACACACACACUCUGUCUCUCUCACUCUCUUACUCUCUCUCUCCUAUAUACACACACACACACACACACACACACACACACACACACACACAAUUGUGCCCUUGUUCCUACGACACAAACAGACUCCACCAAGCCCACCCACUACUUCAGACAAGAAGGACAUCAAAACAUUCGCCAUUGAAGAGGCCCCUUGUUUACAAGAUUGGCCACAGUUCCAAACAGUGGAGUAGUCCUGACGAGUGUGUGCGCAUGUAUGAAUUGCGUGUAUGAAUUGUGUGUGUGUAUACAUUUGUUCCAAUGUGCUGCCGUUGCUUUCUUGUGGUGCUUUUGCCAAAAGAGCCUAAAGCCCUUGAAGUACACAGCCAGUCAUGGUAACUGGCCUCAAAUCACAUUCCUGCAUUUUGUGUGUGUGUGUGUGUGUGUGUGUGUGUGUGUGUGUGUGUGUAUGUUAGAGAAUAUAGGAUUUUUCGACGGGUUAAGACUCUCUGUGAUUUCAACACAAAUACAGUAACUCUGAUUAGCUGGAUCAGUACCACAAUCUAAAAUAUAAACCACACACCACUUACCGACAUGUAUCAAAUCACAAAAGAAACAAACGCGUGAUUUCUGCAAUAGGAAUGAAUGCUGAUUAGACUGGUUUGAACCCAGGUGUGUUUUUAAAUUCACUGAUUCAGUGGUGCUAGCUGAUCUAAUGAAAUCUGGAAAAGAGAAAUACUGCCAUUAUGUAUACGGAAAGGAAACAAGUAGCAAUAGUGAGGUUCGGGGCUGACAAACGCCUCGGGGUUAGCUCUCUUUUAGGUGGAGUAGUUUUAAUUAAAGCCAUGGGCAGCUUUAGAAAGCCCUGUGUAAAUCUGUCUCCUUUUUACCACCAUGCGUGUAGAUAAGUUUUGAGAGGUCCCCUAGAUUUGCGCACAGAAACAGCGCACAAUAUAAAAACAGCAGCAUUGCUCAUAAGAGCUGCUCAGGUUCUCUUCUGCAGAGUUCGACACACAUGAACACAAUGGUCUAUGAGGGUUUGGGCGCUGGAUCCCAUUCACCUCAGUUCUCUUUGUAUAUCGUAGCCACUAGACAGCAGGCCUGGGACUGCACUGCUGAGCAAGAUAUUGCAUUAUGUAUAAUGUCUGUGGAGUAUCUGGGGACUGGACAUCUUCUCAUUUUACAUGUCUCUGCCAUGGAAAUUACAGGUUACCAGUUAUCUAUGACAUGCAUAUGAGUGUUGCAUGCUUGCAGCUGUUUUUUUUUUCCCUCCACGGGAGGAUUUAUCAUUGUGUACUUGAGAACUUCUCUGUACUGUACAUGAACUAUGAACUGGACGUCUUGCUGAGCAAGCUUGGACCCAAACAUGGCUGAGAUUUUUUUUUUUUUUUGGUUGUCAUCUUUCGAACCAGGACGGACUCUUAGAGGAGAAUGAAUGGAUUGGUGACUCAGCGAGACAGUCAUUUUGUAUGAAAUGUUCCAGCUUUGUUUAACAACCACACUGACUGCUGUGCUUCUAUUCGGCAAUGCUAUAACCACUAAGUUACUGCAGACUCACAACAACUACAGCACAUCUGUUCCAAGGAGAAUGUGCUACAUGGAAACUUGCAUCUGUCCAGAUGAUCACCUCUUUAUAUCAUACACACACAAACACACACACACACAGGUGUUGAUGCAUGAUCCACCAUCCACCAUGUCUGGGUUCCUCACACAGGUUUGAUGACAUGGAUGAUCUGCAGCGACUUGAUCACUUUCCCGCACCCUGCUAUGCAGUGUCAUGCACAACGGUGCGGGUCAAACAAACUCAACUUCAACAUUUCCCAAAAUGCUCCACCGACCCUCCUGUUCCAUGUACAGUCACUUUCCUGGGACAGAGGCAUGCAUGCUGUGUAAAGACCUGAACAUGCAUUACACCAUUACAGCUUCUGCUGGACUAAUUAAAAAAAAGAAAAGGAAGAAAAAAAACAGAGCAAAAGGGAUUGUGAAAGACUUUUGGGAAGGGGGAAAGGGAACCUGGGUUAUUUGUGUCUUUUAGCUCGUAGCUGAACAUCUCUAGCUUUCUGAACUCUAAGCAUUUGUUCAUUCACUUCUCUGAGGCAUGGUGACCCUUUCAAUGUGGAGUGUGAAGUGUUCUCGUGUGCUACUGAUGCUUCUUUUUUGGGUUCCUUGAAUUACGCUCUUACUGCAAUCAAUAACGAGGCGUGGUUCCUCGACUGUGCCAACAACCAAAUCAUGACUUUUAUCUUUCUCAUUACCUUUUAAAUGUUCCACAUGUUUAAAUGGGCCUUUUUUUGUACAUUGACAGCUCAGCCUAGCCCUGAGCGACCGAGCGAGUCACCUGUGAACAUGAGCCUGACGUUUUAAAAAUCGUCUUUUUUUUCUAUGUGAACGACCAUUUGUUAGUGAUGCAAUAUAUUUUAUUCUUUUUACAUCAUACUCUGUUAAUUUCAUAAUGCUAGAACCGUAUGUGUGUGUGUGUGUGUGUGUGUGUGUAUAUAUAUAUAUAUAUAGUAUAUAUAUAAUUACAAUGCAGAAUGAAGAAAACCGCUAGACAAAUUUGCAAUACCAUAGUGCAAAACAUCACACCUUUGUUUUAUUUAAUUUUUUUUAGUUAUUGUAUCAUUUUUUUUUUAAAUGAUUAGUAAGCUUUUUUUUUUUGUCUUAUGUGAAUAACUGAGUUUUGUAUUUCAUUAAAAAAAAUUUAAUUCAUUUUUCCCCCUUUUAAUUUUUGCCAUUUACUAAAAUAUUGUACAUUAAACGUUAAACCUGUGGUUUUAUUCAGCUUGAACUCGUGUUUUCAGAUUAAAAUAAAAUGAACUGACAGCAA